GAAAGCAAGGAUGUUCAAGCUAAUGAGACUUUGCAGCAACACAACGUUGUGGCCUGUAAGAGCAUCAAGAAAGAAGAUAAUACGACAUGGAACAAGCUUUUGAGAGAGGCAGCAACUCUAAAGGAGCGCAAGCAUGACCACAUUGUCCCACUUCUGGCCAGUUUCACUGCAGGUCGAGCCAAUCGUGAGCCGCAUAACAGGCAAGAAUACUUGUGGUUGUUGAUGCCUUACGCCCAGGCAGGGAGUAUGGAGACUUGGCUUGAGAAGAGUCCAGAUCUUCCAAAACGAGGACCGGUAGGGUUGGGGGAUGAUUCGUUUCGACACUGCCACGUACGAGAGACUAUGCUGGGACUUGUCUCGGCUCUGGCGUAUAUUCAUAGGGAAAUUAACGGCAUGAUCGGGUUUCACCAUGACAUCAAGCCCAGCAACAUCAUUCUGUUUCUAGAACCGGAGCCUACGUGGAAGAUUUGCGACUUUGGAACGGCUAAUCUCAAAGAUCCAAAGGAAGGUACUGGAACUGCUUUCACACCUGAAAACGCAUUUGGGACAUAUACGUACCGUCCGCCAGAAUACUUCAAAGAUGAAGGUAUCGCACAACAUGGACGGGCAUUCGAUGUUUACUCUCUUGGAUGCGUAAUGCUUGAACUAGCGACGGUCUUCACAUAUGGUUGGAAGCCAGAAGGUCUGCCUACAUUCAGGCAACAGAGGCGAGACGCGUCCGAAUAUGUUUACCAUGGAAAUCUCAAACCAGAAAAAGAUGAAUCUUUUCACAACAACCCGGAAGCUGUGGAAAGAUGGAUAGAGCAUCUCAGGAGCAAAACCAAAUCGGCCGAAGAUCCCAAAAAAGUGUCCGAUAUCAUACAAGUACUGGAUGUAAUUGGGGAAAUGCUUUUGUCUCGCUAUAAACGAAUAUUCGCUUGGGAAGUCGAGAUGGAUCUAUACGAGAUCUUCAACCCGAACGCCUCUGUGGAAGAUCGGGCUAAGCGACUUCGAAAUAUCGUUCAGCCAUCUGCAACACCCCUCGACCAGACUAAAGAACAACACAACCCAAUGAGGCGAGCGAUCCUACACAGCAAAGACCAGUGGUAUACUGAGAUUCUUCAAGGGCGGGACUGGUAUUAUAGUGCGCGCUCCUUGUCUAGAAGGUCUACUUCCAGGGCGUUCGAUCUUGACCAUGGCAAACGCAGACCUCGUACGAAUCUGGAGAAAGUUGCAAAAACUCGAGAUUUCAGAUCCGCGCAUUUCUUUGGGCGUCACAACAUUCACGAAAAGAUUAUCAGUGGGUUCCAAGGGCACAACACAGUCAUUGGCCUUUACGGAAAAUCAGGAGUAGGGUGAGUCUAUUUGCGGCCCUUGGAUAUCCUCUCGACUAAUACAUAAGCAGCAAGUCUCACUCAGCUUAUUACUAUGCUUUUGGCUUCCAAAAGCCAAGGGAUCCCAAGGACCAAAAGCACACUUUCUGGGU